CUCCUCCUCUCUGCAGCUCAGAGUCUCUGCAGCUCUGCACACUUCACGUCGGAGCGGAGAAACGGAGGAAAGUGAUGCUGAAGUUUUAAUGAUUUGAAGUGGAGGCGGAGCUCUGACUCUCCUGACAUGUCCUCGGAGCUCAGCCCCCCCUGCUGGAUUUAAAGAGACAGUGCACCAUGAGUCUGGGUAAGAUGCCUGCAGGGAUUAAGGGCCUGGUGUCCGGCUCUCAGGGGAAGCGUCGCUUUAAGAGCGAGCUGUCUGUGGACAUGAUCAGCCCGCCGCUCGGGGACUUCAGACACACGAUGCACGUGGGUCGGGGGGGCGACGUGUUUGGAGACACGUCGUUCCUCAGUAACUUCGGGGGCCCGAGGGAGCCGGGGAGUCCGGACUCCGCCAGCAGCUCCAGGACCACCGGGUUCUUCACCCGCACCUUUAGACACGUUGGGAAGACCUCUGCGCCGAGACCGCGAGGAGGAUCCCGUGACCUGUCGUCCCCGCCGCCGGACGUCUCACCCAUCAUCAAGAACGCCAUCUCCCUCCCCCAGCUCAACAUUGACUCCCCCAACGGCGGCCUGGACAGGGUUCUGUUCCCCAGCUGCACGGACAACUCCUACUACACAUACG